AUGCCGCGCAGAGGCAAUCUCGGCGGUCACCGCGUGGUGAUCGCCUCGCUCUUCUUGCCGGACACUCUCCACUUCACGGAGCCCGAGUUCGAGUCCGCCCUGGCAGAGUCGCCCGAGGAGUCCACCGCUCCCCCCUCGCCCGAAUCCAUCCCCAACGAUGCCCCGCUGCCCCUCCACGAGCUCUCGUCCAGGCUCGCCGCUUCCAUGUCCAUGUCCAGCAACAGCAGCAGCAGCAACAAUGACCGCCAAUCCCGCACAGCGCCGCUGCCCGCACGCACGCCCAAGAACCGCCAGCCCUCGUUCACAGAUACGAGGAUCAACAUGAGCGAGCUCAUGUACGAGGCCGCCGCCGUGCCCAGGCUCGACAUGCGCGACGGCCCCAUCUCGGGCGCAUCCAGCCCACUCGCCAACUCGCGUCGCGGCUCCAUGUCCGAACACACCUCAGCCGCCGGCGGCCCCUCGUCCGGCCCUUCAGACAUCCCCGUCGCCCCAGCUUCCGAUCAUGGUCGUGCCGCCACACUCGCAGACCCUUCCGCUGCCUCUGUCUUCUCCACCUCUCCUCUACUUGGCCAGCCGCUCGCCGAUGCUCCACCCGCAGCGCCCAAGAGCCGCCGCACCAGCUUCAACACCAACACCAGCAGUGGCACCGCACUCGCCCCCGCCGCCAACAUCCCCGAAGGCUCGGGCACCCGCACCCCAGGCGCAAUGGCUGGCGGAAAACUUGGCAUCACCACUCCCCUCAGCAUCAUCUCGGACCUCGCUGCCAGGCGUGGCGGUCCCAUCCCACCGCCCAACACAAACGCAGAAAGCGAGAGGCACCACCCCUUUGGCUCCGGCGCCGUCACUCCCAAGGCUGGCUCACAGACCCCCGGCGUCGCAAACCGUCCGCCAGGACUCGCCCGUGCUUUCCCCUCGUCUUUGAGCAUGACCAAGGCGAAUCCAUCGGGCACCGUCUCGGCCGGUCCAGGCCAGCUGCCCACGCUCAGGAGCCUCGCGUCUGCAAAGCCCACCGUCGCAGCAUCCGGAUCCAAGACCCCAGGCCUGCCCUCGGCGUCGCGUCCAGGUCGCACCACUACCGCCGCCGCCGGAGGCACCGUCAACGACCAUGGAAGGGGCGCCAUCGCUUCGCCCGUGCAAUCUCGCAGCAGCGCUUCUCUGGCUCCCGAACGCCCUUCGUCGCGCGAGCUGCUCGGCCACGCCCGUACGCCGCGCGAGCGCUCCGUCGCCUCGUCGCCCACCGCCUCCAUCAGGGGCCGCGUGAAUCAGCAUGGCGCUGGGCCCUCCAGCGGCCCACCUGCAGCUCCCUCAUCCGUCUUCAGCCGCAACAAGAGCAUCCGCACCGCCGGCCGUCGCGCCCACGCACGCCGCGCUUCGUCCGCAAACCGUUCGCAGCUCGGCCGCCGCACCUCCACCGCAUCGCUCGACACCGUCGCCGACGACAGCGUAGAUGCGGCGCUCCCGCCCUUCGAGUUCGUCUCCAACCCCUCGGCCAACGGCGGCCUCGUCAAUGCGGUCAAGAGCAUCGAGCGCGAACGUCUGCGCGCAGGUAAGCUUUACGUCGGCACCCCCGGCCUCUCGAUCGAGGGAGGCUGGCUCGGCCCCACAGAGCGACGCGAGCUCGAGCAAAAGUACAUGCAGGAGCGCUCCUCCAUGCCCGUCUGGCUCGACGACGACGACUUUGACCUCAGCUACAACCGCUUCUGCAAGCAGAUCCUCUGGCCCACCUUCCACUACACCUCGCCCACCUCCAAGGGCCUCGACAACGAGCACGAGGCGUUCCAGGCCUACUGGGAGGUCAACCGCCGCUUCGCCGAUGCCAUCGAGGACGUCUACCAGCAGGGCGACAUCGUGUGGAUCAACGACUACCAUCUGCUCCUCGUGCCGCAGAUGGUGCGCGAGCGCCUGCCCCACGCCACCAUCGGCUUAUUCGUACACAUCGCCUUCCCUUCGUCCGAGAUCUUCCGCUGCCUCAGCAUGCGCGAGACGCUGCUCAAAGGAAUGCUCGGCGCCGACCUCAUCGGCUUCCAGACCCACAACUUCUGCCGCCACUUCCGCCAGACCGUCAGCCGCAUCCUCCAGCUCGAAGCCACUCCCAAGGGCGUCCAGCUCGAAGGCAGCUUUGUCACUGUCGCGCCCUUCCCCAUCGGCAUCGACGUGCGCAGCCUCAACGCCAAGCGCCGCGAUCCCGACGUGAGCGAGUGGGUGGCGCAGCUGCGCCAAAAGUACGCCGGCAAGCGCAUCAUCGUCGGCCGCGACAAGCUCGACUGGAUCAAGGGCGUGCGCCAGAAGCUGCUCGCAUUCGAGGCGUUCCUCGACGAGCAUCCAAAGUGGGCCGGCCAGGUGGUGCUCAUCCAGGUCGCGCUCGCCACCACCGAGGAGAACGAGGAGAUCGGCGAGGCCACCGACGUCGUGUCGCGCAUCAACAACAAGUACAGCACGCUCACCUACCAGCCCGUCGUCUUCCUGCACGUGCAGGACAUCACCUUCAGCCAGUACCUUGCGCUGCUCACCGUCGCCGACUGCUUCCUCGCCACGAGUCUCCGCGAGGGCAUGAACCUCACCUCGCACGAGUUUGUCGUGUGCCAGGAGGUGAGCCACCGUCCGCUGGUGCUGUCCGAAUUCACGGGCACCUACUCGGGCCUGCGCGCGUGCAUCGGCAUCAAUCCGUGGAACACCAAGCAGGUGGCGCACGCCAUCCACAAGGCGCUCACCAUGGACGAGAGCGAGAUGGUGCAGCGCUGGACGGAUCUGCACCGCGUCGUGGUCACCCAGACGGCGCAGCAGUGGAUCACGUCGCUGCUCGGCCAUCUGGAGCGCGCGCAUCUGGAGCAGGAGCGGCUGGAGAACAUGUUUGUGCCGCGUCUGGAAGUGGCGCAGCUCGUGUCCGAGUGGCGCGCCGCGCAUUCGCGACUGCUGCUCAUCGAUCUCGAGGAGACGCUGGUGAAGCACGACCCGCUGCUCGCGCACGAGCAGGGCGGCUUCCGUCCGCCCGAGUGGCUCUUUACGCUGCUCAACGAUCUGGCAGCCGACGGCAAGAACGUCGUGUACAUCCUGAGUGGAAUGGGCACGCACGACCUCGACCGCGUAGCGACGCGCAUCGACAGCGUCGGCUUCGUCGCCGAACACGGCUGCUUUGUCAAGCACGCCGGCGAGAAUCACUGGAACAGUCUCGUGGCGCCGUUCGACCUCAAGCCGGUGCACGACAUCCUCAGCUACUUUACCGAGCGCACGCCCGGCUCGUACAUCGAGCAGCGCGGUGCAUCCAUGUGCUGGCGCUUCUGGAACGACACGCUGGGCGACCGCAACUCGCACGAGGCGCAGUGGGCACGUCGCCAGUCGGCCGAAGUGGCCAACUUAAUCCACGAGCGCUUCUCGCACUCGCUGCGCGUGGUACCCUGUCGGACCAACUGCCUCAUCCUGCCGCGGCACGCGAGCCGCGUGGCGGCGGUGCAGCACAUCAUCAUGCAGAUGAGCAUGGUUGGAUCGGUGGCCACGGGUGGGAACGGUAGUCAGGCGUUGGGACCGACGGCGUAUGCGUCUGGGCACAAGGUGGGCUCGGUGGCGGAGACGAGCGAUGCGCCGCUCGAGAGCGCUUACAAGCAGCCGUCGAACUACUGGCCGAUGCCUACGGCGCACAGCACACGCGCGUCGUCGCCGGUGGUGCAUCACUCGCCCAUGCGCACGCAUGCUGGGUCCGUAUCGCACCUUCCGCACCAUGUGCACCACACGCACACGUUUGACUUUGUGCUUGCGCUCGGCCAGGACGAAAAGCUGCUCGCCUACGUCAAUACGCUCGACCUCUUUGCGCCCGUCACAUGCACCACCGUCGAUCUCGACAAGAACAGAGGCACCGAGGCCGCCUACUUUCUCGCACAGGACGAUGUGCGCGAGGCUCUCGACGAGAUCGUGGGAUUCCGCGCACGAGACCUCAAGUGGAACCAUCGCUGA